AUGACACCACCACGCACCCCGCACCCCUCCCCAACCUCCAUCAGCAUCAUAAUCGUAGGUGCGGGCUUCGCAGGCCUCGCCCUAGCCAUAGAAUGCGAGCGCAAGGGCCACACGGUUGUGAUCCUAGAAAAAGCAGCCAACGUGUCCGAGGUAACGCGGUACGGAGACAUCAUCUCGUUCGACCCAAACGGGGCGCGACACUUUGCGCGGUGGACGGGCGUGCUGGAGGCGAUGCGGGCGGUGGCGCGCAAGACGACAUGGUUGGAUUUGUAUGAUUGGAAGGGGACGUUUGUGACGAGGCAGGAUUUUAGCGGGGAAAGGGGAUGGGGGCCGAGGAUUAAUGGGCAUAGGGGGGAGUUGUAUGAGAUUAUCUAUCGGUAUGCUGUGGAGAGGGGGGUGGAGAUUAGAUGGGGGAAGAGGGUGAGUGGGUAUUUUGAGGAGGGUGAGGAGGAGGAUGGGGGGCCAAGGGCGGGGGUGGUUUUGGAUGGGGGGGUGAAGAUGGUGGGGGAUGUUGUUGUUGCUGCGGAGGGGGUGAGGAGUAAGGGGAGGAAGAUUGUGUUGGGGUUCGAUGACAAGCCGAAGAGUUCGGGGUAUGCGGUGUAUCGAUCGUGGUUUCCGGGGGAUGUGAUUAGGGAGAAUCCGCUGUUGAAGCAUCUUGUCGAGCAGGAUUCGCAUUUGGGCUUCAUCGGGCCGGAUAUGCACUUUUUGGUGAGCUCGCUCAAGGAUGGCAAGGAGUUCAAUUGGGUGUUUACGCAUGUGGAUGAUGGGAAUAUCGAGGAGAGUUGGCAGUUCCCUGGAAGAGUGGAAGAUUGUCUCAAGUAUGUGGAAGGUUGGGCGCCCAUUGUCCAGGAGAUUGUCAGGUCCACGCCCAAGGAUGCGCGGUUGAUCGACUUCAAGCUCGUCUUUCGCGAUCCGCUGCCGACCUUUAUCUCACCAAAGCAGCGUAUCGCUCUCGUUGGUGAUGCUGCGCAUCCGUUCUUACCAACCUCGAUCCAAGGAGCCAGUCAGUCCAUCGAGGACGGCGUGGUUCUCGCAGCGUGUCUGGAGCUCGCUGGCAAGAAGGAUAUCCCAUUGGCAGUAAGAGCGUAUGAGAAGAUACGAUAUGAGAGAGUCCAUCGGGCGCAAGCCAUGGGCGUCAAGACGCGAGAAAGAUGGCACAAGGCCAACUGGGAAGAGAUUGCGAAGAAUCCGGAGAGCAUCCACCUGGCUCGAGAAGCAUGGCUGCUGAACUUCGAUGCGGAGCAGGACUGCUAUGAGAGGUUUCCCGAAGUCGCAAGAGAGUUGCGAGAGGAGAAGGCCAGAUUGUAA